CAUCUCUGCCUCCUUCGCUGUCCGUCUGCCUCAUUCUGUCUCACACACAAACACACACUCAUAUAGACAGACACGUGCUGCAGGGGAGAUCUGAGAGCUGGGUCGCUGAGCAUUCACAUCCCCCCCUCCCCAUCCUCCUCCUCCUCCUCCUUCUUCUUCUUCUUCUUCUUCUUCUUCAUUCUCCCUCUCACACACUCUCUCUCCCUCUUCACCUUGUCUGUUCCGGCUGUAUGGUUUAUCGUUGCGUCAGAGCCACAGAGAGCCAGCGAGAAGCAUGCCGGGGGAGAGCACUCACAGAUCCGUCCCCACCGACAAGCAUCCAGAGCAGGGGGCCGAGGAGACGGGGCUCCCUGGACCAGACAUGACCAGACACCCGUCUACUGACUCCACCCCGAGUGACAGCGGCUCCUCUCCUAGUGACAGUGGUUCCAGUCCUUCUCCCAGUACUCCACAGAAGCUUCUCCCAGCAUGCACUUCUCCGUUUGGACCGCGACUAUUUCACGUGACACCCAGCUCCUCUGGCACUCCGAGACCUCAACCUGAAGGCUCCGACCAUCGCAACAACAACACAUCCAGGCUGUCUGGAAAAUUAGGCGGUCAUGGACCAUGUGGCCGCCACGUCCCUGUUAAGAUGGAGCGAAUAAAGGUCCUGACUGGUUCUGAAGUGGAGAGUGACUAUCAAGAGCCGCACACCAUCGACACCAGGGUGGUGAUGGGUCAAGAGACGCUGCUCAAAACAACAGAGAAAGGAAACCCCCUCGUUGCACCAAGUGGUCAAGCAAUCCCUUUGCCAGAUAUUCCGAGCUAUUCAGAUUCUCAGGCACAAGCGAAAGAGACUCAGCUGGAAACCAGAAAAGACGAACACCAAUCCCAAAACCUUCGAAAACAGGAGGAUCAGCAAAAAGAAACAGUGCAGCCCUCGACUGCUCUCCCUUCCUCUUUUCACAACCCCCUGCUCCCUUCCUCUACCUCCCCAGAGCCAGUCACCACAGAUGACAGUUUGAUAGACAACAAGGAAGAGGGCGAAACCCCCUCUCAAGAUGAAGUGCCUUCCCUCGCUUUUUCUGAGCUUGCCUGUCCAGUUGCUUUAUCCUUCUCUGAACCAACCUAUACUGUUGACCCACUAAGAGUGGGCGUGCCCUCAUCUCUUGACCCAGACCUUUACUACACUGCCCCUUCCACCCCGAUCAAGAUGGCUUCUCGCGCUUCGCACCUUAAACAUCAUUCAUAUCCGGGUUCCCCAGCCUGCCCUCUGUCCCCCGGCUCUCCCUCUGACAGCGAAGACCUCUGUUCGCCUCUCACCUCUCCUUCUGGCUCUUAUAUCACAGCAGAGGGAGGCAGCUGGGCCUCCUCCUAUACAUCCUCCACCUCCCCAUCCACCUCCCCCAACCUGCUCCUCACAGAAGAAACACAGGAGGCCCCUGCUUGCUUUGUGAGCUCCUUAUCUGAGAUUGGAGAUGAAGUUGGAGAGGAAAAGGGGCGAGUAGGUUCAGAACGGGAGGAGGAAAGGACUGGGGACUUCUGCCUGUACCAUCCUGAGGCUUUUGUUAUGAAUUCCCGGAUAGGUAUAACAGACACAGUAAUCCUUGAGGAGGAUGAAGUCCUAAAGUCGGAGGAGAUCAAUAUUUCAAGAGAGAGUUGUCGUCCUUGCUGGGUGACUGAGGAUACAUCCCCUCUAAGGAGCAGUAGCACCAGUGACUCCCAGGAGGAUGGGGGAGAGUCUGAAAGUUCACUCUGUCCACUAGAGGAGGCCAGUGCAGGGGCAGCAGAGUACUCUAGAUCCAUGCAGACGGGCCUGAGGCUGCACCUGGAGGCAUGUAUAUCAGAGGAACAUUAUGGCCAGAUGGACAGCCACCCAGAACUUCCCUCCACUGCCUUGACUCCUGACACAGAGAACAUGACCAUGGCCUCAUCCAGCCUUAGCCCUGACUCCCCUGUCCUCCCCCUGGAUGCCUUCUGUCCUGGAGCCUUUGACCGGCUUGGCCCCAGUUCUUUCAUCCUCUCCCAGGCAGCCUGCUCUGAUGAUAUACCCGACGAGGAGAGGAUGAUCCCUGCCUCCCUGAUCUCCUUUCCCCUCCACACCAGCCUGAUCUUUAAGGCUGACUCGAUGGAAAUCACCCUGUUCCCCACAGAGGAGGAGAAUGAAAUAGAGGUUAAUGACAGAAACGAAGGAAAGGAUGCGUAUGCAGCAGGAGAGGAGGAGGCAGAUGUCGAGGAUGAUGAUGACGAUGAUGAUGAUGAAGAUGACGAUUAUGAUUAUGAUGAUGAUGACGGCAACGCGAAUGGAGCUGCCGACAGUGAUGAAAAUGAGGAAAAUAAUAAAGAAGAUGAGGAAGCAGGGGAGGAAGCUAAGGUAGAGGUGAAAGUGGUAGAAGAAGAGGAAGGGGAGGAAGAAGAGGAGCAGGAUGAUGAUGAUGAUGAUGAUGACGAUGAUGAUGAGGAGGAGGAGGAGUGUGAUAGCAAAGCAGUGGAGGAUCCUACAGAUGAAGACAGCUCAGCAUCUUUCCUUCAUUCACUCUCAGAAACAUCAAUCAAUGAGGGGUUGGAUGAAUCUUUCUGCUUCCAAGACGAUACAGAUGACUCAUUAGAUUCUGCCUCCUAUAAUGGGGAGGAAGAUGAACGUCUGUACAGCACCGAGAGGCAUGCACAAUCACUAGAGCCCACAUCAGCAGAGGGACCAGAACCUGAACAGAGGUCUGCCACUGAAACAGGGCAAACUGAACCUCCGCACAUACAACUGAGCAUGGACAAAGUCGUGGCUCACCCCAACACAACUUGUCUUUCGGAAGCCAUUGCAGUGCACCCCCAAGACAACAAUGAAAAACCUCUGGAUGAGCCCCAGUCAGACCAGGAACUGGGAUCUACCAGUGGAACAGGUCAGACAAAAACUUCAGACGUGAGCACAGACAAACCAAUGGAUCACCAGAAACUGUCCGGUCCUACAGAAGCAAAUUCUUGUCAACCAGAAUCCUCCAGUAACCUUAACAAGAGUGGAAAUGAGACUGAGAUGAUGGGUAAUGUUCUUUCUUCGAACCCUGCGGAGCAGCCCGAGGACAGCCCUUGUUUUAACCCUCCUGUUGUCAUACGUGCUUCACCUGACUCUGCCAGCUCUCCUGCUUCUGUUACUUCUGUGCAGGAGUUCAGUUCAGUCCUUCCAGAAGAAUCAGCUGAGGAAAAUACCCAAGUGAAGGAUUUGAAAUUGCACAGUGAUUGCUCAGGAGCAGAGACAACAGACGAACCAGAGAGAGACUCUUUCAAAUUGCUAAUCAAGCCUCGUCAUUACCAUUCUGAAAGUCAAAGGACUGUAGGAGCAAGCAGAGUUGUGUUAUCAAAGUCUUUCUCCAGUAAAUAUGAUGUGCCUGUUGGGGCGGAAGCCAUGUGUAGAUCCAGUAUUCAGUCUGACAUUGAGCUUGACCAGAAAAAUGGUAAUGCUUCAGCUGAACCUAUGAGCAUGGACUGCAGAAUUAGUGAUUCUGGUCCCUCUCUGAACAUAGUCACUGCUACCAAUGACUUGAAUAAAGGCGUUCUUCUGCUGUCCUGCCCUAAAGACUCAAGUCCCAACCCCAGUAAUAUCCCCGUUUCUGCCUCUCCUGAAGUCAUCUCAGAACUCGGUGACAAUCUGGCCCUGACGCCUGAACACUGCCCCGGUGAUUCUGCCCAGGAGAACCUUCGAGAAAACACCCUGAGCACCGAUGAGGGUGUGCUGGGAGCUGUCGGAUCCCCACACUCCCCUCUUGCCAUCUCACCCAAAAGGGAAAACUCAGAAACAGACACGAGCAGAGAAAUGGGUCCCGGAGCCGGUGCUUGGUGUGAUGCCAGGAUGGGGCUGGGGUUUCGUCUCGGUUUAGGAACAGGGGCUGAGUUUGGUGUCUGGGGAGCUGGUGAGUCUCUCUCCUUGUCUCUGGGGAAGAGAUACGAGUUAGAGACGGAGAGCUUGCUCAUGUGUGACACUGAAGGCCAGAGCACACAGACAGCCAUGGUUCCUAAUACAAGCAGUGAAGUGUGUAAAAAUUAUGACAAUGUUCUGGGCUCGAUUCUGGAUGAAGAAGAUAACAACAGUCUGUGUGGAAGGAAGGACCAAAUAGUGGAUGAAGAACUGGUCGAAGAGGCAGCUUCUGAGUCCAACUUGGCCCAUUGGAAGUCCAUUGAGGAGAUCUCAGAGGCAGGCGGAGGAGAGGACGGAAGCUCCAGAUUCCCAGAGGACGAUGUCAGUAAUCUAAAUCCAGACAAUGAUGGAGAUAACACAGACACACAAGACACUUGGCAGAAUUCUAACAAUAACAAUGACUCUGCCUUUGACUCAUUGGGAGUAGGAAUGUAUGGAAAUCUGAAUGCUCUAUCAGAGGAAGUGAGACACCAGAGUGUGAGUGUCACUGUUAGAGAGUCUGUGUCUAAUAUUCCACUUGAAGAGAUGCCACCUCAGGUUUCAGAUAUGAUUCCUGAUAAAGAGAAAGAACCAACGGACAGAUCUAUAAACCAGACAUCAGACAUAACGCAGACACCAUUCUGCAAGGAAACUGUCUGUGGCAUCUCAGUGCCAGUAGUCGAAACUCACGAAGAUGCAAUAAACAAACAUUUCAAUUCACUCGAUAAGUCGAGAUGUCGUACUAAUCCAGAGUGUCAGACAAUCCCUCCAAAUUCAACAUUUUCUUUGCCACAAGGAUCCUUUGGAUCCUUCACUCCUAAAUGCAAGUCUGACAAUUCCAGACCAAGUAGAGCUUGUCAAGACAAGGUGGAAAAUACUGGUUCUCUGUCAGAAACAGAUGUGGUGAAGCCUCAGACCGAAGGCCAAAGAAAAUGUGAUGUCAGUCCUGUGACUGACAGAAAUGUCGAUGAACCAAAGACUAAAGAUGCCUUUACAGGACAGCAGUGUGUUGUUUGUAACUCAGGGGAUGAGGAUGAAGAAGAAAAAGUGGAAGGAAAAGCAAAAAACCGGGGCGAAGAUAAAGAUAAGAAGAACAAAAAGGAAAGAAAACCUUCUUCUGCACAGAAUGGCCCAGAGCACUUUGUGUGUCACACCCCUAAGGGGGGACUUUGCACAGAUACACCGAUUGCUGCUAAGAAAGGGAGGAGAGGGAAGCAGAACAAACAAAGGGCAUCCCAGACAGGCAGUCAUGGCGACUCCAGCCCUGAAUCUGUAGACGAUCCAAAGAAACCUUCUGUUCCAUUAAAUACAGCAGCAGAUGGAUGGUCAAAGGGGAACUCAGACAAUUCUAAAGCUAAGAAAGGCCGCAAUGCAAACAACAACUUUUCCGCACCCGACAGUCAACAGAGGACAUCCGGGACAAACAAAGUUGAUACUGGUUCACAGAUGCAAGGGAAUAACAGUCCCAGUCCUGAUGUCAAAACUCCCAGCCAUGGACACUCCAACUCUGCCACACUUACCCCAGACAAUCUCAACAUUGUGAUGGCAAUGAACCAAGACUUACAGCAGAAGCAGGAGGUGCUUGAUAACAGACCACUGUCUGAUAGUCAGAGAGGAAUUACAGUGGACAUUAAUGACAACAACAUAAACACAGGCCCUCCUACCCACAACGCCAUAUCAUACUCCCUGACCCCACUGUCUUCCUCAACAUCUCCUGUUUCCUCCUCUUCAUCCUCCUCCUCUUUACCUUGUGCCUCAACAGAACCAGAGAUUCAUCUUGCCACACCUGUGCAGGAAUCCCAACCUGUCCUCUCAGCCCAACAACAAUCUUCACGAGCCACGUGCCACACCACCUUCCCCACAUCACAGCGAGCCCCUGAUUCCAGAUUUCUUCCUAACAACAACCUCCAAGAGGUCACUGAUGUUCUUUCUGCAUCAAGCACAUCUGCCACAAGUGUCUCUUCACCCUCAUUCUCCACUGCCAUGCCGCUAAGCCUGUUCCAAGCUACCCAGGAGUUGUCUUCACCCGGCUCGGGGACAUUAGACCCAGUAUGUCCUCCAGACUCUCGUUCCCGUCCUCAGUCUCGGUCAUAUUCACAGUCUCAGGCUAAUGCCAACAACCAGCCUCACAAACAAACCAAGCAAGGUCACUCGUGGAGCACACAAGACAAAUGCAGAGGUCCUGGUUUGGCUGAAGAGGAGACGGACAGCGAGGAUGACAGCGUACUGCCCAGACAUGCUCAGAGAUCCCUGUCCAGAGGAGUUACAGGAAGCAGAAAUGGAUUAUUGCAGAUUGAGUCUGGUGUAGCCAAUCAACGGGAAAUCCAACCUUUCUCUACCCACAAACUAACUGAGAGACAGUCGGGCUGUCCAAUCAGCCACAGCCACAACAUUUCUGAAGAGAUCGACCUCUCCUUCAAAAACAACUGCUCCAUACUGGCUUCCUGUAAUGAGUCUGAGAGCGAAGGGUCGGUGCCUGAGCUGGAAGAACCAGAACCGCUGAGACCAUCAGAGCCGCAGUCUAUCUCCUCUGCAGAUGAAGGGCUGAACAGACCAAAACAGAGCCGCAGUGAGAAGAAGGCCCGCAAGGCCAUGUCUAAACUGGGUCUGAAGCCAGUCCACGGUGUGACCAGAAUCACCAUCAGGAAGUCCAAGAGCAUCUUGUUUGUCAUCAGCAGACCAGAUGUAUUCAAAAGCCCCGUAUCAGACAUCUAUAUUGUAUUUGGAGAGGCAAAGAUUGAAGAUCUUUCUCAGCAGGCUCACAAAGCCGCUGCAGAGAAAUUCAAGGUGCCUGUGACCUCGUCUCCUUUAGCGCCACCUGUCCCACCCAGCCUCACCAUCAAAGAGGAGAGCGAGGAGGAGGAAGAGGAGGUGGACGAGGGAGGUCUGGAGCAGAGAGACAUCGAGCUGGUGAUGGCUCAGGCCAACGUGUCACGAGCCAAGGCCGUCCGCGCACUGAAACACAACAAGAAUGACAUUGUGAAUGCUAUCAUGGAGCUGACCAUGUGAGCGGUGAGGACGUUGUGACUCCUGCCUCCCUUAUUCCAGCCUAUAAAGCCUAAAACACCACUGACUCUUCUGUAUCGCUGCUGCUGUAUGUUGCAUCCCCCAAUAUCUGCUAAAUAAAGUCUGUUCCAACGUGGGCUCUGACUGCA